CAAUUGAAAGUGGUCUAAAGUCCUUGACUCCUUCCCCACUCUCUCUCCUCCCAGAAAACACAGUACACGAACUGACGAACACGGCUUCAUCUCUCUCUCCUCCAUUGAAGGGGCUUUCUCUCCUCCACUGAAGCAGUCUCAAAGGGUUUGGUUUGUGGAGCGUACACGAAAUUCUCCAUUGAAGCGGCUUCUGACUUUCUGAGCUUUCUCUCCUCCAUUGAAGCAGUCUCUAAGGGAUCUGCAUUUUGACAAUAGGCAAUAUCUUUGUUUGAUUCCUAUUCCUAGUUGACAUUCAUGCUCUCCAUAUGUUGGUCCACAACAAAAACUUCAAAGAAACUCUUCUGCCAUGCUAAGGAAAUUGUCCUUUUCUCUCUUGACAAGGAUCCACUAUCAUAUUGUUGCAUCCGAAAGUUGAGUUAUGUAAAUGUGUAUAUGAAAUGGAAAAAGAAUCGCAGCUAUGACUCAAUUGAAACAAUUUACAGAAGCCCAGAAUUGAAGCCAUUGAUAUCUCUUAAAAAUAGCAUUGCCCAAGCUCCUAGUGGCUGCAUUCCAAUCUCAGAUGUAUCUAAAAGGGGUUUAGUAUUGGAUGUGCCCAUCAAAGUUGCGAAGUUUUUGAGGCGGUAUCCAUCUGUGUUUGAAGAGUUCGUGGGGCCUCAAUACAAUUUGCCAUGGUUUAGAUUGACCCCAAAAGCAAUGGAGAUUGACGUGGAAGAGAAGGCGAUUUAUGAAGAUUAUAAAUCGGAUUUGCAACUUAGGCUGAAGAAGUUGAUACUAAUGACUAGAGAGCAGAGGUUGCCAUUGAGGAUAAUUCAAGGAGUUCAGUGGUAUUUAGGUCUGCCUGAUAAUUUUCUGAAAAAUCCUGAUAUAAAUCUUGAUAGUUCUUUUAGGUUUGUGGAAAUGGAAAAUGGGGAUAGAGGAUUAGCUGUAGAGGGUGAAGAAAAGAUGAUGUCCAUUUUGCAGAAAAAUGCUGUACAGAGAGGGCUGAGCAACGGGGGAUGGAUGGAACCCAUACCAUUCCCGCUUUUUCCCUCUAGAGGUUUGAGAUUGAAGAGAAAGAUUUCGGCUUGGUUAGAUGAGUUUCAGAAGCUACCUUAUGUGUCUCCAUACGAGGACUUUUCACAUUUGAGUCCAGAUAGUGAUAUAGCAGAAAAGAGAGUUGUAGGUGUUUUGCAUGAAUUACUCUGCCUCUUUGUAGAAAAUGCUGCUCCAAGGAAAAAACUUCUGUGUCUUAAAAAGUUUCUGAGCUUGCCACAAAAGUUUCACAAGGCAUUUGAGCGACACCCACAUAUGUUUUACCUUUCCAUGAAGGCCCAUACCUGCACAGCAAUCCUGAAAGAGGCUUAUGAAGAUGAGGCUGCUAUAGAGAGGCAUCCCUUGUUUACCGUGAGAAAGAGAUACAUAGAGCUGAUGGAUGAUUCUGAUAGGAUCCUAAAACAACGGAGGUCAAAUACUCACUUUUGCCUAUUGAGAAGUUGCUGAUUCAGAGUCUGCCUCAGAUUUAAAUUCAGAAUGCAAUGUUGAAGAUUGUAUAGUAGUGGAGAAGAGCUCCUUUUAAGUACAUGUUAGCAACAACUUGCAGCAAGAUAGAGGUCUGUAUAUCUUUCAAACAUUGGCUGAUGUUACAAAAUAUUGGAAUUGUUUUAUAAUAUUAAAAUGUUGUAUAAAUUCAUACAGAGAUUAAGAAUGAAAUCUAUCCCUGAGCCCAUUCUGCUUUUCCCUACAUUCUCCAGUCCCAAGUAAGAGCUUCAUGAUACUGUCAUAUGGCUUAUGUUAUGUUCUUUUUCUACCUCUUGCUCCUUACUUUUGAUGAAUUAAACCAUGGAGGUUUUUGACUGUCAAGCUUUUAUUCACUGAGAUCAUCUGCAUCCACCUCAAGUACUUGUUCUUUAUUUAAUCUCUUAUUCGUGCAGUUUGUUUGAGUAAUUUUUAUUCUUAUUCUUGUUUGAGUGGUACCUUUUUUUUUUUUUUUUUUUUUUUUUUUUGACAAUAAAUGAAAAUUUUAAUUAGCAAGGUUAAAUUUUACAAACAAAUCCAAUACUAGAAAGAUGAUUAAAAACACCUAUAGGAUCCAUCUUCCUACCUUCUAGAAAAGGUGAAAGAAAGAAAAUCUUCAUAUGCCAGUGUCUUUCAGAGACUUCAGAAACCAAAGUAAUUUACUUCUCUAACAGAAAUUCAUUCAUUCGAUCAAUUCAUUUGCCAUUAAAAUUUUAAUUAUUCCUCACAUGAAUUGCGUUGUUCUGGCUAACACUGAGGGGUUAAGAACCGCUGAUGCUUCAGUAUGUUCAUCACCGCUGAAUACUAACUUGUGCAACUUUGGCCUCCACACAAGACCCUAUUUAUAGGAAAUGUACAGGGGCCAAAGAGGCCUUAUUUGAGUGGCUCUGAUAUUUAUAAGCAGCUAAGCACUUGUGCACCAAGUGCUUGUGCCUACUCCUCAACUUUCUUUCUGGAAAAGGAAGAAAGUGCUUGACAACAUUUUAUGUAGGUGCUUGUAAACUGCUCACAAACUUCGAGGAAUUAAAUCUCUGUGCUAAUUUGGAGAAUAUACUGCUCUUGUUUCAGGUUUGAGUUUUGAUUUGUAUGUUCUGCUCCUUUUUGAGUUCAACUGCUAGAUGAAGUUGUAAUGUUAACCCACAUUACUGACACUAUGUUUCUAAUUGCAAGGGGUUUUCUAGGUUUCAGGAGGACUAUAGGAGUGUCCUUGGGAUGUUGUUUGACGAGACUUCUUCCUACUGAAAGGCGCUUUUGAUCAGUGUGUUGCUGGUGUGAAAUAGUCUUGAUGAUUGUUGGGUGUGCAUUAGAUGGACUUUCAGGUCAAUGCUGGUGAUUGAUCUGGUAACAUAAUAUCAGAUAAUAGGUCAGUGUACAGGAAGCUAAGUGUCGUACUUGUGGAAAUCAUCAAAUUACUCUGUUGUGCAAUCUUGGUACUUCGAUUAGCUGCGCAUUCCAGCAUCCAUCAGGGUGAGGUUGUGACAUAAUAUCUGCAUAUGAUCUAUGUUCUACGACUUUUAUGCAGACUAGAAUUUUGUGCUGCCUUUUCCUGUAUACAAAUACCAUUUUAGUUGAGGAGUGAGAAGUGCAGGGAUGGUUAUUCCUCCAUCUCCCCCAGGAGUGACCUAGGUUUGACUCCUCAUCCCCCCUCCUGUGAUAGGGGGAUCCCCCCGUAUCUUUCCGUAAAAAAAAGUUAAAAUUUUAGUUUGAAUUCCUACCA